GAGAAGAGGAUUCUGUUGAAGAAUGAAUAUCAAUCAGUCAACGAUGGGUUCUUGGGUGAAGACGCGAGUUCUUCAAGAUCAGUUCUUGAAGAUUCGUCAAUCAUAUACAUGUGAUAUGGAUUGUUGGGUGAAAACGCGAGUUCUUGGGAGGGAAAGGUACGGAACAGUGACCUUGGCUGUUUUUCACUUCCCCGAAGACGCACUAGACGACGACUUUCCGAUGAUCGCCGUCAAGUCUGCAGAUUUCGACAGAUCAUCGUCGCUUCAGAAGGAAGCCUGGAUUUUACAACGGCUGCGUGGUUGCCCCGGAAUUGUUCGCUGUUUCGGGGGAGACGUCUGUAUUGAGGAGCUGGACGGAAAGAUAAUGUACAAUCUGUUACUGGAGUUUGCUCCCGGAGGUUCCCUUCAGGAUCUGAUAGGAAACAACGGAGGAACGCUGCCAGAGCUUGAUGUCAGGAGAUAUACGCGUAUGAUUCUUGAAGGCCUAAGGUACGUGCACAGGAAAGGCUACGUCCAUUGUGAUAUUAAACCUUCCAACAUUCUUGUCUUUUCAUCACGAGAUGACCAAAACUACGUCAAGAUAGCAGAUUUUGGAUCGGCCAAGAGACGAGACGGCCAGCUGAAUGCACGCCUAGGAUCCCUUCUUUACAAAUCGCCAGAAUCAGUUUUAUAUGGUUUAAACGAAGCGCCUAUGGAUAUCUGGUCUCUGGGUUGCACAAUAGUUAAGAUGAUUACCGGAAAGUCUGUGUGGCAGAUGAACAAAUUCAAGAACGCCCAAGAACUGCGAAGAGAGAUUGCGAUUGGGGAAGAACUGCCCGAAAUCCCUGAGAAUAUGUCCGCUCAAGGGAAGGAUUUCUUGAAAAGGUGUCUGGUUAGGGACCCGAGGUUCAGAUGGUCGGCUGAUAUGCUUUUGAAUCAUCCUUUUCUAGUGGAAGAGUCGGAAGAUUCCCCACUAAUAUUCGUUCCCAGUGAUGAAGACGAUCGGUGGAAUUCUGUGCAGUCUGCAGUGGGAGACUAUCCUUUUUAUGUCAAGUUGAUGAAGAUGUUAUCAAAAUCAAAAGCGCUUGAAUUGGGUUGGCGUGAAGCUGAGAUGAUCGAUUACCUAUUUGCAUACUGACGCUUUUCAUAUAUGGACGUAUGCAUUCUUGCUUGGUAGUUUUACACAAGCAAAGAGAAUUCUCAUUUACAACCUGUAUAUAGAAAUGAGUAAUCAAUACUCGCUACAUUGUGUUCUAUCCCUCGUUGUGUGAAUCUAUGAGAAACUUUGCAUUUUAAUAAGUAAUCAA